UACACUUUUCACAACUACUCACCACUGUGGUGAAUUGGGUUGACAGCCGGUUUUGGUGCGUGAACUGUGUGGCCAGAAGAAGUGAAAUCCGAAGAAAUGACUGCUUUUGAGGAAUUUGGCGUUUUGCCGGAAAUUGGACGCGCCGUGGAUGAAAUGGAGUGGACUCUCCCCACAGACGUCCAGGCAGAAGCGAUUCCCCUGAUCCUGGGCGGUGGAGACGUCCUGAUGGCCGCUGAAACUGGCAGUGGAAAGACCGGAGCCUUCUGUCUGCCAAUUCUGCAGAUUGUGUGGGAGACACUGAAAGAUAUCGAAGAGGGGAAGGGUAAAAAAGGCGCCACGGCAUCCGGAACCACAGCGAAGCCCUGGACAAUGUCCUUCUUCGAUCGUGGCAACGCCUUGGCAGUCUCUCCGGAUGGAUUUAAGUGCCAAUCGAGAGAAUUCAAGGAGUGGCACGGCUGUCGGUGCACGACUGGUGUUCAAGGUGCCGGAAAGUACUUCUUCGAGGCGACUGUGACGGAUGAGGGACUCUGCCGUGUGGGCUGGGCCACCCAGAAGGCCAAUCUCGAUCUGGGCACCUGCAAGUUUGGCUUUGGCUUCGGCGGUACGGGCAAGAAGUCAAACAACCGACAAUUUGAUGACUAUGGAGAGGCUUUUGGCAUCAACGAUGUGAUUGGAUGUCUUCUGGAUCUCCAGGCGCAUGAGGUGCGUUUCAUAAAGAAUGGAAAGGAUCUGGGAGUGGCGUUCAACGUGCCCGAUUUCUUGCGCACCGAGACUUUCUAUCCGGCUGUUGUGCUGAAGAAUGCCGAGAUGCUGUUCAACUUUGGCGAAGAGGCUUUCAAGCAUCCGCCAGCACAAGGAUUUGUGGGUCUGGUGAAUGUGGAGAAGAAGUGCGUGAAGAACAACCCUCUGGCUGCUCCCACGGCUGCUGCACUGGAGGAUGCCAAGCCCAAGCCGAAUGCUCCGCAGGCCAUAAUCAUUGAGCCAUCACGGGAAUUGGCUGAGCAAACUCUGACGCAGAUCACGAAGUUCAAGCGACACUUGAAGGAUCCCCUGAUCAGUGAGCUCCUGCUGAUCGGUGGGGUGAACGUGAGGGAUCAGAUGGCUGUCCUCGAGCGGGGCGUGGAUAUAAUAGUGGCGACGCCCGGACGUCUUGAGGAUCUCAUUGGCGGUGGCUAUUUGCUGCUGUCGCAUUGCAGAUUCUUCGUGCUGGACGAAGCCGAUGGACUGCUGCAGCAGGGCUAUGGCGACAUGAUCGAUCGGCUGCACAAGCAAAUACCCAAGAUCACAGCCGACGGCAGGCGGCUACAGAUGAUCGUGUGCAGCGCCACGCUGCACUCGUUCGAGGUGAAGAAGAUGGCUGAGCGCCUGAUGCACUUCCCCACCUGGGUGGAUCUCAAGGGCGAGGACGCGGUGCCGGAGACUGUGCAUCAUGUGGUGGUGAAGGUAGAUCCCCAGAGGGAUACCGCGUGGCACAGCAUGCGCCAGCGCAUCCAGACUGAUGCUGUGCACGCCCAGGACAACGUGAGGCCGGGAAACAGUACGGCGGAGACUCUCUCGGAGGCAGUGAAGAUCCUCAAGGGUGACUACUGCGUGAAGGCGAUUGAGGAGCACAACAUGGAUCGUGCCAUUAUUUUCUGUCGCACGAAGCUGGAUUGCGACAACCUGGAGAGGUACUUGAAGCUGGCGGGCGGCCAGAAGUACUCGUGCGUGUGUCUUCACGGCGACCGGAAGCCGCAGGAGAGGAAGGCCAACCUGGAGGCGUUCAAGGAGAAGCGAGUGAAGUUCCUCAUCUGCACUGAUGUCGCGGCCAGAGGCAUUGACGUCUCUGGGCUGCCCUUUAUGAUUAACAUCACGCUGCCGGACGAGAAGUCCAACUACGUGCAUCGUAUUGGGCGCGUUGGCAGGGCCGAGAGAAUGGGUCUGGCCAUAAGUCUGGUGGCGUCGGUGCCGGAGAAGGUGUGGUACCACGGCGAGUGGUGCAAAUCUCGCGGCAGAAAUUGCUGGAACACGAAUCUCACUGACCAGAGAGGCUGCUGCGUGUGGUACAACGAGAUGAACUACUUGGCGGAGAUCGAGGAUCACCUGAAUAUCACCAUUCCCCAGGUGGACAAGGACAUGAAGGUGCCUGUGAAUGAUUUCGACGGGAAAGUCGUGUACGGCGAGAAGCUGAAGAAUUCCGGCACGGGAUACAAGGAUCACGUGCAGCAGCUGAUUCCUGUGGUGCAGCAACUCUCGGAUCUCGAGUCACGCGCCCAGGUGCUCUUCCUCAAGCACCUCCCAGUGCGAUAA